GUUUCGUUGUGUCUCUCUUUAACGAAGAUGGCUGCGCCCAUGUGUCCCACUAACUAUUGAUAAAAAACAACCAAUCAAGCAGUUUAAAGUUCAUCACAUCAACAGAGAUGAAUAAAAUGGGAGCAAGGAAAGUACCACAGUCAAACAAAGAAAUGCAGGAAGGCAAACGCAAUGGUGGCAUAGGAGGUGUUAACAAAAGUCAAAAUCUCGCCAAGUCUAAUAAAAAGAACAGAAAAAAUAUUAAGAAAAUGGCUGCUGGUCUUCCAAAAGAUGCCAUUGGACUCAAAGACAUAAUGAAAUCAGAUAUAGUAAGGAAUGGUUCAAGCCAAGUUAGUACCAAUUUAGCCAGUAGUGCAUACCAUGGGGGAUCUAUUAAAAAUAACGGCAUAUCACCACAAACUAAAAACAAAAAGCAAAAGCAUAUUAAUGAACAUAGUGGUAAACUUAACAAAGAAGGUAGUGACAAGGCAAUUGUUAAAAAGACUGAUAACCAUGUGAGACAGAAGCCAUCUAAUGUGGUUCAUAAAGUUAAAAGUGACUCAGAAAGCAGUAAAUCUUGUAAGAAAAAAAUGAAGCGCUUGGAGUGGAAACAGAAGCAGACAGAUAAGAAAUUGAGAAGAUUGGAGAGAAAGAAACUAGGCUUGGGUAAGGAGAAGGUUGAAAGUGGUGUGUCAAAGAAGAAACCAGGUGUAGGUAAAGAGAAGGCAGAAAGUAGUGAGUCAAAGAAGAAACAAGGUUUAGGUAAAGGAAUAGCAGAAAGUAGUGUGUCGAAGAAGAAACAAGGUUUAGAUGAAGAGAAGGCGGAAAUAAGUGAGUUGAAGAAGAUGCGUGUAUCUGAUCUCCCAAAGUCUGCGGAAGAUUCCACCAAAAACUGGAAACAGUUGCAACAGACUUUAGCAGGCCAAGGAAAGAACAAGAAGAAGAGGAAGCUACCACAGCAUGCUUUGAGAAACCCAAAGUUAAGGAAAGUGGAAGAGCAGCAGAAAUCUACCAGUUUGAAGGCAAAGGAAGAUGAAAUCAGUACUCCUGAGAUCUGGUUUGACGAUGUAGACGAGAUACUGCUGGACCGGAAACCCCUUGUUAGUGUUCCAUCCCAGCCUUCUGCUGAUAUGCCUUCUGAUCAGGUGGAGGGAACUGCAGUCUCUAGUAAAUCUAGUAAUCCUCUAGUAAAAGCCGAUGCUUACAAAGGGUUGACAAAAGUGGUUGGUAUGGACUGUGAGAUGGUUGGGGUUGGAGAAGAUGGUGCUGACAGUGUGCUGGCCCGUGUGUCCAUAGUUAAUCAGCACGGAGAACCAGUUUAUGACUCCUUUGUCAUGCCCAAGGAGAAGGUCACAGACUACCGGACACAGUUCAGCGGUGUCCGGCCAGAGGACCUUCAAGAUGGUGCUUCAACCUUUGAGGAUGUGCAGAAGGAUGUUGCAGACAUACUGAAAGACAGGAUCCUAGUUGGCCAUGCCAUAUCUAAUGACUUACAGGUUUUGUUUUUGAGUCACCCGAGAAAGCGUAUUAGAGACACAUCCAGGUUUAAAAAGUUCCGUCAACUGACAGGCGGGAAAACUCCGUCCCUGAAGAAGUUGUCGGAGAAGGUGCUAGCUGUCAGGGUCCAGGAAGGGGAACAUAACUCGAUCCAGGAUGCCCAAGCUGCCAUGAGACUUUACACGAUGUACAGACAAGAAUGGGAGGCAGAACUGAAACAGAAACGACAACGGAGGGGAAAGCCAGCAAAACCUGCAACAUGAACAUAGGAUGGUACAGAGGGGAAAUACAGCUGGGCUCGCUAAAACUUGAGAUAUAAACUUUGUACACAGGGGAAAUACAGCCAGAAUGGCUAUAUCUUGAUAUAUAAACAUGGUACACAGGGGAAAUACAGCUGAAAUCACUUCAGCUUGAGAUAUGAAAAUUGGAUGGUUCACAGCAGAUGUUGAUAUUUGCUCAAAUAUUGACUUUGAAGACCACAAUUUUCAUUAGCAUUAAUGACGUUGCAAGAUUGUUUGGUUGACAUUAUGAGUGAUGUUAUCAAUGAAUUGUUUAAAGGCAAAAUAUGCAUCACAUUUGUAUACCGUAUUUACUUGGCAUCAAGUUGACCAAAAACAGAUUUUUUAAAUCACCCUAUGUAAUAGUAAAAAAUCUAACCAAAAACCGAUUCAUAAAAAAUCGGUUUACAACUCGGGGCAAAUGUAUUUACCUGGUACAUCACAUUAUGCAUAGUGAGAGAUUCUUUUCUUGAAAUUGAUCACAUAUUAUAUGAGUUUACUGUGCAAAUUAACCCCAGAUUAAUGCCUAAAAUUUCACCCAGACUUAUGGAGGAGUUUAUCCUCAAUCCUGACUUAUUGGACCAAAAAUAAGUCCUGGUGGCCUAGUGAUUAUGGUGUUAAAGGCCGGCAGUGAUGCAAAGUGGGUGGGGAAGGUCAAAAAUUAAAAUGUUCUUUUGAGGGAGCAAAACAUUUAUUCUUGGGGACUUGUUUUGGGUUAGUUAGGAGUUAAAAAAAAAUUACAAAAAAAGAUUGAAACAGAUUUUGUAUCAAAAAGCAUGCACACUAUUACAGAAAAGUCCGUCAACAUCAGUACUUCGUUGUAUGUCAAAAUGCCACAGAUUUUCUAUUAAACAAUGUCUUGAGAGAUCUUGAUGAUAUCUUGUCAAAUAAGAAAGUUAUUCAGAAAAAUAAUGAAAUUUUGUGGAUGGAAUACAUUUCCAGAUUACAAAAAAUGCAUAUAUCUUAUUUAAAAUAGCUGCAGUCAACACAAAGCCACAAGACAUUGUUGAUUGGGCAUUUCCGAUAAAUUUGACUCACAAAUUCUUUUUGUAUUAAGACAUUUCCGGAAAAACAUAAAUGCUUUUUGAUUGGAAAUCUGAUAAAAAAUUCUUUCGUAAAAAAAGCUUUACUCCUAAACAGCUUUUCGUGUUGCAUCGGGUAUAUGAGUAAUGCUUGUUAAACAUGGAACCUCAAAACAUAUAAAAUUUUGGUCCCUCUAUCAACUUUUGCAUCACUAUCGACCCUUAAGGCAUCAUUUUUUUCUUGGCUGAACAGGCAUUGGUUUUCACCCACUAAAACCCUAGUACUUCAUACUAUGAUUAUUUUUUUCUGCAAUAUUGAUAUCAUAAGAGUAAAUAAUACAUGUGUAAACUUAAUUAGGUUUAUGUUAUGUAUUUUUUUUUUUAUGUAUCGCACCGUCCGUCCCUGUGUUCGGCUCAAUAACACCGGGAUGUAACUUUCACUUGUAUUGACAGAUUUUAAAAUAGCUUGCCUCAUGUGUUUGACGUAUCAAGACGAUAGGUCCCGUGCAAGACCCGUGUCCCUACCUCUUAGUUCAAGGUCACACUGAGUAUAUAUUGUCGUGUCCGGGCUGUAACUUUAUCUUGUAUGGACAGAUUUUAAAAUGACUUGCCACAUGUGUUCAACAUACCAAGACGACGUGUUGCGUGCAAGACCCGCGUCCAUACCUCUAAUUCCAAGAUCACACUUUUUUGUUUUUUCACAAUGGAAUGCUGCAUAUAAGGGCACAGAGUAUAGGUUGAAGUUACCGGGCUGUAACUUUGUUGUAUGGACAGGUUUUAAAAUGACUUGCCACAUGUCUUCCACAUACCAAGACGACGUGUUGCGUGCAAGACCCUUGUCCCUAACUCUAAUGGAAUGCUGAGUGUAGGUUGUCAAGUAAUUAUGCACAUAGAAUUACCGGGCUGUAAUUUUGUCAUGUAUAGGACAGAUUUACAACAAACUUGGCACAUGUGUUUGGCAUAUAAAGAUUGUGUGUCGUAUGCAAGAUCUUUGAUCUUUAAUUUUUCAUGUACUGACCUAGUUCAUAGCUCAAUGUCACAUUUGGGGGCAAUUAUCACAUACUGUGACAGCUCUUGUUUUUUAUGAACUUCAUGAUGAAUAUUUGUUUUGAAAAUUGUCUUAAACCAAUGUAUGUAUGAUGCAAUUAUGUUAAUGGAUAUAUGAAAUUAAAAUUUAAGCUAUUUAA